GCAGUUGAACUAUCAACUUGCUAUUUCAAAAAACAGCCAUUAGUAUUUUUCGUGGUUUUGUGUAUUGUUUCAUUUUAAAGUGCUUACAUUUGCAAGUAUCAGAGUGAUGGAUGCACCGGAUAUAUGUUGAAAUUUAUGUUCUGCAUUAUAGAAUACAUAAAUGUGACCGGAGGAAUGUACGUAACUUUUCGGCCAUUAACUUUAGUGUUAAAGAGGACAGAGUGGAUUGUGUUGCGCUUUCUAAUCCGAUAAUUAUGAUCACACCUAAUGAACUUCAACACUGUCUAAAUGUGAAUGCAUUCCAAUCUGCCUCGAAAAAUUUAUAUCAUCCCUCUGCAAAAAUGGCUGCUAUUGCUGCCUCUCAAUCUCAUUGUACUAGACCAUCUUCUGUACCUGGUUGUUUUGAACGUCGAGAAGGUUUCAGUGUUUCAACAAAAAAUCAGUUAUCUCCUGUAAACUCUGAUAAUCUAUCGCUGUAUCCUAAAAUCAGUCCAAUCUAUCAUUUGUCUUUAUCACCAACUACCAAUACGUGCAAUGAAGAGCAUAUUUCACCUGGUUUAAGAGGUUCAGCAUUCAAUAAUGAAAUUUCUCAAAAGUAUUAUAUUCCUACUAAUUCACCUCAAUCCACUGUUGUUAUUCAAUACUCAAGCGGAGAGGAUUGUAUGCCUUCUCCAUUUCACCAUUCGAAUUCCCCUCAUCUGCGUAAUCCAUCAUUUAGCGAUUCUUCUCCUAUUUCAAUUGAACAUAACAAAAAACAUAAUGCAGUUGAUCAGAGCAAUAAUAACAGUAAUACUACUAGUAAUAAUAACGAAAGUGAAUUAGUACCGUUUGAUCUCCCCAAACUGUGUACAAAAUCUGAUGGAGGCAUUGCCUUGACUUUGCCUACAGAUGUUAUUCUGCCAGAGGAUAAUGAAGGACAAAGUACUUGGAAUUAUCACCAACGAUUGAUGGAUGUUAUUAUAACUGUGGUUAAUCGAAGUGGAGAAAUAUUAUAUUAUGACAAAAACCUUCCAAAUCAACAAAGUUUUUGCCUAGAUAACAAUGAAAAAUGCGAUGAUAAUGAUUAUGCUAAUUUACAAAUUGCUGACAGUUGGACUAGUAGAAUUCAAGAUGGUGACUUAGCAAUUUGGGAGAAGCAUACCUCUAAAAUAUUUAAUGAAGCAUCUCGUUGGUCUCAUGCCCGUAACACUUUACUUGAACAAAGUGUAUUGUCAAUUAACAGUGAUGAUGGAACAGUUGAAAACCAACAACAUAAAAUUUUUACAUCAUCUAAUUCGAGUAGUUUAAUUUCCCUUGAAAACUCUUCCAAUCGUCAUUUAUUUGAUUGUCCUAUAUAUCGUGUAAAAUUGGGUCGAAAAUGGUUUUAUGUUCACACGUUUAGUUUACCUAUUAACCGUUGUACUAAUUCAAGCCUGCUGCAAUCAGAUAUCUUAUUAUGUGAACCAUUGGUAGUGCAUUAUCAUAAUCUUCUUCGUGAAUGUGAUCAAAGUGUAGAAUCCACUGGUUCAAAUGCAUCAAUAUGUCUUAAGAAAGCCAUUGCACAAUCCACUUUGUCUAUGGAUUUGACUGAAACAAAUUGUUCUAAUUCAUUUAAAAAUACUGUUGUUCCUUGUUCAUCUGUUUGUGAAAACCCAAUAUCAUCACACUUAAUCAUAUCUACUGUAAAUGAUCAUUGCCGAAUCAAUAAACCGUUCAACGGUAGUAGUAAAAAUCUUUCUCUUUCCACUAGUACUUGUCUUUCAUAUAUCAGUUCACCUGAUCCAUCUGUUACUAGUGAGCAGACAUUGGUUUUUAACUCAACUUCGCCGCCAUUAUCGUCCCUUGUAUUACCUCAUCAUCAUCACGUUCACCUUACACAUUGUCAUCAUCAUCAUCAUCCUAAUGAAAUUCACGAUGCCACAGCAAUAACAUCAACUACCAACAAUCAUCGUCAUCAUCAUCACCAUUAUGUCCGUCAUCAUCAUACGCCCAAUACUUCUCAUGAUUCACCUCAGCCUGUAAUAGUUUCUCAUCUUCCUCAUCAAAAUUCUAUCGGAGAGAAAUCUACUUGUUCGUCUGAUACCUCACAUAGACUUAAUCAAAGAAAGAUCAAUAUAGAUCAUGUUGGUUGUGGCUUAAGUGUGUAUCAUAAAGAUUCGGCAAAUUACAACUCAUUAACCUGUCAGACAAUUACAAAUCAUGAUUAUCAAUCUCACCUAGACGCAUCGCACCAUCAUCAUCAUCACCACCACCACCAUCAUCAUCCCCUUAUCCAUACUGGGAAAAGUCUACAUAAUAAUGACUAUCAUACUUAUUGUCAUCAAAAUGAUAAAUCAACAAUAACUGAGUUUGUACCUACAUCGUCGUCAUCUGCUAUAAAAUCUGAUAACAUAUCUAAAUCACCGAUUCUUGUUGUUAGAAAGUCAAGUUCACAAUCUCAUUCAGAGCACUCCUCAACUGCAGAUAACAAUACAGUGCAAUAUGGAAAUACGAAUGUGAUUGAAACAUAUUGUGAUAAUAACUCAUUACUAUCAGAUAUAAGUGGUGACUCGAUGUAUGAACAUUUUGAUACAGAAUUUAUACCUUCCAGUUGUAAUGAAGAAUUUCAUAGUCGCUCAAAUACUUAUCAUUACAGUAGUGAUAGUAAUCACAACAGUAACUCUGCUGUUGUCUAUUCGACUGGAAAUACCAGCGAAUCUCUGAGUGGUUUAUCGUUUACUAAUAUCCAAUUACCUCGAAAUAAUAAAAUUAACUCUGCUACAGAGAAUGCUAAUGAUGGAAAUUCUUCCACUGAAAAUCUUCAUAAUGUACUAAAAAAUAAUACUACUAAUCGUCAACCAAUACAUGAAAAUCAUCAAAAUGAUAGUUGUAGUAUACAACAUAGAUCACUGAAUAAAAAUCAAUACGAUAGACGUGAGUCUGAUAGAAUUUUAAUGCUGCAACAUCUUUUACCACCCCAAGCAAUACAAGAAAUUCGUCAAAUAUGGCAGGAAAUGAAUAGGCUUAUUAAAUGUGAUUCAGAAAUGUCUCUGAAAUCGUCAGUUUCCACAAUAUCAGUUACUACUACUGCUGAAAUUCCGAAUUCUUCAUCGCAUAAUGUGUCAAACGUCGUACGUGAAAAUUUUGCUCGUCGAGUUCGACAAAUUGUUAGACAGUAUCUUGGGCCUAAAGCAUUUAUCACAGAUAAUUUACCUGAACCUCGGUCAGAAAUAGAUUCAUGUUUUAAAACAGAUGAUAUUGUAAUGCUUCAAUCGGACAAUAAUCAACAGUUGGGAUUAUCAACGUUGGACUAUGAUGAAAAUGAAAAAAAAUCAGCUUCCAAUUCUGGCAUCAACGUCAUUGAAGGAACGAAUGCUUCUUUUACUAGUCCUUUUAUUCUGUCAACAAUACCAUGUACUAAGUCAUUGUGCGCUAGUGUUGGUAGCAGUGAUACAAAAUCGUCUACCAUUGAAAUGUUUUCAUCUGAAAUAACAGACAAACUGUUUCGCAAUGAAACCAAUAUUGUAGAAAGUAAUUCAGGUGUAUUAUGUCCUAAUGUUACUGCGACUUGUGUAACUUCAUCUAAAAUAAGUAACACAGGGAAUACGGUUCAGGAAAUAUCUGCAUCUUGUAAUGAAACUGUGAGUGAUUCACCAUUGACGUCAUGCAUAAAACAGACAGAUGAACGGAUUGUUUCACAAUCACUUAAUAAUAAUAACAACAACUUUAAUAAUAGUCUUUCUAGUGAAACUCCAUACACAUCAUCUACUGGUAAUUUACCGCGAGUAUCAACUAAUUCACAGUGUUGUAUGCUUGAAUGGUUAUUGUCUGAAGAAGCUGAUCUUUGCAUAUUACCAGCAUCAUUAUGUCAGUCGAAAGUUGGAGAUAAGCCACAGCAACAGUCAAUCUCUGGAAUCUCACCACCACCAUCAUCGUUCCACAGUCAGGUGAUUUCACCAAGAGCAUCAUGUUGUAUGGCAUCUUCUAGUCAAACGCACAAUUUUCAGUAUGGUUCCCCUGUUUUGACAGAAGUUGCUUACAGCCCAAUAUCCAUGUCCCAACAGAAAAUUAAUUCUGAACUACAAAUUAAUAAUCGUUCAUUAUCUUCCAAUAAUAGUGGUUCAUUGAUUACAACGACUACUACUGUUGGUGCUGGUACUGUUACUUCGUCGGCGAAUUUGUCUUAUAUUGAAAUUCGAUCUUCUCCGCAACCACGAACUGAGAGUUUAUUAGUUCGUUUACUGCAUCCAGCAAAAAAUCACUCUGUUGGGCAUCAUACAGAUAUAAAUACUUAUGAUGGAGGACAUUUACUGAAGUUAUCCUCUCCAACAUUACCACGAUCUGUAGCUGUGACCUCUCAAUUUGUGCCAGAUACAACUGAUUUAAACACUUCUAACAUAGUUACAAACACUGGAUCUGACAUCAAUAAUGUACAACGACAACUAAACAAUCGACAACCGGAAUGUCGAUUAAUCGCUGUUUCUCUAGAUAAUCUGUGCAACAAUCAACCUACGACAAAUACUAGUAAACGAUGUCGUAGUGGUCCUGCAACUACACAAUCAAUUUCAUCGUCAUUCAGUUCACAUAUAUCACCCGGUAAUAAACGAACUCGACAUGCUUCACAAUUUGAGGAAGUUCCUCCGCCUAGCACAAGAAAAAAUUCUGGUAUAUCUGAAGCUCAACAUAAUUCAGAUGUAAUUCCUAGUCCACCUUUCACGUCAUUGACACAACUUCUUUUGCAAGAUUUUCCAUUAGUUUCCGAUAUAAUAUCGUAUUCUUCAGUGGAUUCUCCUAAAUAUACUUCUUCAUUUGGACAAAAUGAUUAUCAUUGUAAAUCUACUAAAUCUUUUUCAAAUACACAUGGAUAUGAAAAUCUUCAAUGUAACAUGACAACUUCACAUGACAGAAACAAAAUAAUCAGUUCGAAUAUUUCACAAAGUGACUAUUGUCUUUCGACAAAUCCACCUUCUAUGAUAACAAGUGAAAAAUGUACGAGAAAUCAAGGCCUAUUCAUCAAUUCAAAUAAUAUUGCUUUCAGUAAACAUAUAUCAUCUUCUUCUGAUCAUCAACCUAAUGAUGAAAAUACAUUGUCAACAUUUUCCUGGUCAACAUUAUCACCUAGUUCUAAUGUAAAAUCUAAAUUUGAAAGUAAAGAUAAAUAUCUUGUAAAAACAAGCAAAGAUUCAGAGAAUAAUUCCACCAGUAAUUUAAUACCUGGACAAUCUAGUAUAUGUCAGUUAUUAUUAGAUGCACAAUUGGAACCAGAAGAAAUAUCAGAUGCUGUGGCUAAUGUUCAAAAUUAUUCAAACUUAUCAUUUAAUCGUAAUACUUUGUCCACGAUUAACAAAUGUAAAGAAGAAGGCAGUGAUGAUGAUAUGUCAUCUUUUAAAAUUAACUUACAAAUCACAUCGAUUGCCGAUGACAACCAAUCUCCCAGUAGAUUACUUGCUAGUACUUCUACUACUACUACUACUAGUAGUUGUUGUUGUGGAGGGUUAUCUUCUACUGAUCUUACUGACAACUGUCCGUCAAUACAACUACCGCCACCACCAUCGUCAUAUUCAAUAGCUCCAGUCGAAUGGAAUGAUGAUGAUCUACAACAGUUAAUCCAUGAAGCAAUAACUAAUCCUAAUGAUGCUCUAAUAGAAGAGAAUAAACGCAAUACAUGUUCAUCAUGUUCUUCAUCUUUAGAUCUACCCAAACGACAUCCAUCCACUUCAUCGAAAGAGAUAUCAGAAGAAGUGGAAAUUUUAUGUGAGAUAUUACGACGAGAUGAAUUAGAAAGAAAUAAUAAAAAUGCUGAAUAUUGUCAUCCUAAUCAAUGUGAUGCUACUACUGCUGUUACUACUACUUCUACGAUCAAUACUUCUAUUAUUUCUAGUACAGAAGCUGGUAAUAAUAAUCCAUUGCCAUAUCUAAGUGAAUCACCCAGUUCUAAAAGGUCGAGAUUCUCUUCAUCCACAUCGAUAUCUGAUCAUCAAAUCGAUAAUACUGGUGAUAAUAAUAUGGCUAGUGUUGAUGAUGAUUUUGUUCAUCGAGAUGAAGUUAAUUGGCAAAAUGAUGCUAAGGCUGUUGCCCGUAUCUGUGAACAAUUACAACAGGGUCUAGUUACGGAAAAGUUGCCAGUCACAUCAUCAAAUAAUGAUAGUAACAACGGUACUGUAACAGAAUAUCCUGGAUAUUCUGUAAAAAUCAAUGAUCAUAAUAAUAGUAGUACUUCUGUACUAUCCAGUAAUAUUCCUGAUUAUUCAAUUUCGCGAAACGAUAUAAUAGUGCCAGAUCUAGCAAUGACUAAUUUAAUGACUACAACUUGUACAACAUGGUCAAGUUAUUCACCUCAGACAACAAGUGGUAGUGGGCAUAAUAUACUACGACGUAAUAAUAGUGGAAACAAUAAUAAUAAUAAUAAUAAUAAUAAUAAUAAUAAUAAUAAUAAUAAUAGUAGUAGUAGUAGUGGUGUUAUUGCUACUACUACCACUACUAUUACGAAUGUUGUGAAUAGAGCUGCUGUGGCUGCCGCAUUAGCUAGUCAACAAGCUGCAGCAAGUCAACGUAAUCAAUUGAAUAAUCAACGUCUAUUAGCCGAACAACGUAAACGCCUUAUCCAACAUCAGUUAUAUAAUCAAGUUGCUGUGUAUUCACUGAAUUCAUCAGCAACAAAUCGCAACCCUAUGUCGAACUCGGAUUCGAAUCCUCAAGUGAAUACAUUUUUUGUCAAUGAAAAUAUGUAUGGUAUACAAAAUUUACCUUCUUCUCUUAGCAUUUCUCCUACUAAUAAUAAUACUAUUAUUUCUACAACAGCUAGUCAUAAUAAUCAUAAUCCAACUUAUCAUUUAUUACAUGUAAUUCCGAAUAAAUCAAUGAUUAGGAAAUCUUUAUCAUUAGAUACUACUAGUACACAAAAUAUGAAUGCAAAUUUAUUGAAUUUAAAUGCUACAACAGUGAUUUCAUCGAAUUCACCUUCAUUCAGUUCAACAUCUAGAGGUGCCAAUUUUUAUCAUUAUUAUCAAUAUCAUCGUCCAGAGGAUUUAUCUCGAUUUUUAAAAGAAGUUGGUCCUAAUGUACAAGUACAAACCGCUGUGCUACAAUCAGGUAGUAUUGGUUCGUUGCCAUCAUCAUCAUCGUCGUCCUCCCAUAAAACUUCAACAGCUUUACCAGUUUAUUCUUCUCAUUCAUCUACAGUGAGUAACUUAUCAUCUAUAAACAAUCCAAAGAAAAUUUCAAGGGAAGAAUCAAUUCUACUUAACCAAAAACAUUUUCCAUUUGUGAAUAAUAAUAAUAAUAAUAAUAACAAUAGUUGUUUAGUUAAAACUGAACUACACCAAGGAUUAGUCGCUUGUCAGGGUAUCCAUCAAAAUCGUUCUGUUGUUCCUGUUACUACUACUGAUAAUGAUCAUAGUAGUUUUCAAUGCUCUCAGGUAUCUAACAAAUUCUCCGAUGAUUCUCUGCCAGUUAAUACUUAUCAAGCUUGUUCUUCAACUGAAGUUGAGCAAUCCUCUCCGGUCGCCACCUCUUCCCCCUCCUCAUUGUCAUAUGUUUCAAGUGUACCAUCUAGUAGUUUGAUGGCACAUAAUGAGAACGCAUAUUCUAAUAUAUGUUGUACUGAAAAUCCUAUGAAUUCAGUUCAGUGUCUUGAAUGGUCUUUACCUCAACCUGUAUAUGUACAACAACAGAAAAUCAAUUCUAACUUGGAUAAUAUGUCUUUGUGUAAUAAUACUGUUUAUCCCCAAUCAGCUCAUUUAGCUCAUAGUUAUCGUUCUCAGGUUUUUCCAAAUAGUCAUAAAACCAACGAGUUAAACAAUAAUAAUAAAAUUGAUACAUUUAAUUACUUCACUCGAAAUGAUUCAUCGUAUUGUAAUAAUAAUACAUUGAUGAUAAAUCAUUCAAAUGUUGUUUAUCCCUUAACACCGUGUAAUAGUUUAUCACCAAUCAGUGUAUCAGCGAAUACUUCCCCAAGUUCCAGUACUACAUCUGGUUACCUUAAGUCACCACCGCCACCACCGCCGCUGUCUGCAUGUCAACAAUCGAUAGAAUCAGCGUAUUCCACAUCAUCAUCUUCAUCGGACACUUUAGUUAAUCAUUAUUAUGAAAUAAAUUCAACGAGUGGAUCAUUCGAUUGUUGUUUCAAUACUUAUUCAAGUUAUCCAACUUUUCACAGAAAUCUAUCAACAAUGUCUAAUUCAUCAACAAUAUCUUAUAAUUUUAAUCAUACAUCUCAGGAUACUCCUGUUACUACAAUUAUUGAUCCUCAUUUAGAAUCGAUGUUACAGUCAAAUUAUAAACAUCAGUAUCAACAACAAAAUGAAGAGAAUUUAUUACCAGAUGAUCUAAUCAAUGAUGUAUUCGAUCUUGAGAUUAUGAUUGCAGCUAAGCAACAACGAGAAUAUCAUCAUAAUUCAACAACAAAUGAAUUGCAGUGUUUAACUGUGGAUGCAUCACCAGUCCCUAUCAAACAACAACCUCAAUUGACUUUAUUGAAUAAUAGUAAUGUUAUACUAUCCACAUCAUUAUCGCCAAGGUUGUCGUCCCCUUCAAUAUUGAAUGCUACAAACCAAUGUUUGACUACUACUACUUCUACUUCUGGUGCUGCAGUUAUUGUCAUUGUUACAAGAUAGUGUCAUCAGUAUGUUGUUUGGUGUUUUUUAUUUGAGAAAGAAAUAAACACCAACAACGAUAGUUAUAAGAACAAUUGUGCAUGCACACACAUAUUUUUAUUUAUUUUCUUUUAUCGAAUUGAAUAUUAGAACCUCUACAUUUGAAAAUAUAAACAUUAUACAUAAUUGUCAUAUUAAUUAAUUAUUUUUUUAUUUGUAUACACCCUCACUCCCUCCUAAAUCAUAUUCCCUCUCAUUUAUAUUAUAUUCAAUAGCUGUAAGAGAACUAAUCAUUUUUAUAUUACUUCUAAUUAUUAUUUUUCAUACUCAACAUUCUUCUUCUUUGUAUUAAAAGUCGUUAUGGAAUAGUGUGGGAAAGCAAUAUAUCAAGUUACGCAUCGUGUACACUUUAUUUUAUUCUUUGUUUUUUGACAUCUAUCUUUAUUGUACUUGUCCACAUCAACAACCAUGCUUGUUCAUCUAGCAGGCUUCUGUUUGUUACUUCUCCUUUGGUGUUUUUCUGUUUCCCAAUAAGAUAUUACAGAAUCGUUCUGGUGAGGUUUUUCUAUUAAUUGCGUAAUAUCGGUUGUAUUCAGGUGCAUUGAUUGUCUUGACAAUUAAAAUAUAAUAUUUGGAUAGAGACGAUUCGUAAUAUGAAUACUACUGCUACUACUAUUACUAAAGAGAAUGAUCAAUGUAAUUAUAUUUUCACACUUACGUACAUUAAAUGUGUAUACAUAUUUUGUGUUCCUGUAUUUUAAAUGGCAUCGGUUGCGUGUGUGUCUGUGUGUAUAUCAGCUAAUACUUUGUCAAUUGCUUCUUUGUCAGUGAAAUCAAGUUGCCUUAGUUAUUAUCUUUUCAACUUUUUCUAUUCUGCAAUGUACACACAUUUAUUAAGUAGUAUACAAAUUGUACACCCACUUUCUCACACAUACACACAAAUAUUCAGGACAUAUUUUAUUAUUAUUACUCAGUAUAUUUACUAUUGCUGUUAUACAUAAACAAGUGUUUUGAUAACAAGAUUUUUUUGUGUGUUUAUAGUACAUUACAAAACUGCAUAGAUUGUUUGCUUCUAUUGUCCAGGUGAUAGCGAUAUUUUGCUCCCUUUCCAGCUGCUUCGCUAGUUGGUUGAUCUCAUUCAUUGUUCUAGUAAAUAAAUAAAUAAACACACCACAUAUAACCAGGUCUUAUUUAUCUUCUCUCUUUUUUCAAAAAAUUUUUUUUUCUUUAUCCCGUCAUCUAUAGUGUUACGACCCAGUUUGGGCACCAAAUUUGUGUAAACAUCUUGUGUUUGUGUCUUUAUUCUGAAUUUUAUAAACUCAAUCUUGUAAUUACAAUAUAUUUGGUCUAAUACACAAAAAUACCACUGUUCAAGGCUAAAACUCACACUCUUCUCUUUCAUUAAUUCAAUAGUUUUGUGUUUUUUUGUUUCAGUUAGGAAUAUUCAAAUGCUUUGUUGUCUUAAUUCAUUCAUUUUCUUUUCUUUUUUCUCUCCACUGGUUGUUUCUAUCUACUAAUCUCGUCUUUGUUUCUGUCUCUUACAAUAAAUCCUAUGUAUUUUUUAUGUGUCUGUUUAUCUUUCGUUGUUUACUCUUCUUUGUCACUUUGUUGAUUUCUGCCAAAAAUUCUUUGACUGGCGUUUUUUUUUUAAAUCCUUAAUUUUUUUUU